GUAGUGCCAGGAGGGACCUGACAAGAAACAGCAGGGACUGUGUAAAGCUGAGCAAGCCAGGGAAAAAAAAACAGGUUAAAGCAGGUGUAGCGCCUGAAAGCGCAGAGCACCCGUCCUCCGUUACCCUUCGCGGGUAGUUCUAGUUAGCUCUUACACGGAGUAUUUUGACAAGGGAAAAAUUGCGUUUCCCUCUCCUUCUGUGCAGAACUUGGGUUAUUCUUCCCCCUUGGCAUUCUUCGGACUUGGUCGCUUUAUUUCAUUGAAUAAUUGAGUGUAUGGGGCAGGCCGUGAGUGGACUGGGGUGGGGGUGGCAGGAGGGGGACGGUCGAUUACGCUUCAGGGGCUACUCGCUGCUUCCUGCCGUGACGCGGGGGAGGAAGCGUUUCCCCCGUGUGUGAUUUUUUUUAUUACUUUGGGGAUUUUUUAACGCUUGAGCCGUUCUGCCCCGGGCGGGGGCUGAGCUGGGCCCCGCCCCUUGCCCGCCGAGGCCACGCCCACACUGCACAGGCCACGCCCCUACCCGCCCAGGGAGGCGUGGCGCCCUUUCCCGCAUGCGCACUGAGGGAGGGGCGGGCCCCGCGCAGCCAUCCAAUGGGCGCGCCGCAUCGCGGCGGCGGCAGCCAAUGAGCGGCAGUGGCGGGCCCGGCGGGCGGUGGAAGAUGGCGGCGGCGCGGAGCGGGGCUGAGGGGGACGAGGCCGUGGCGGCGGCGGCGGCAGCAGCGGCGGGGAACGGCGAUGGCGACCCGUCCGUACCCGCGACGCCGGGCCGCGCCCAGGUUUUCGCCGCCGUGGUGGACACCUUCCUGGAGAAGCUGGUGACAGCCGGGAGCUACCAGAGGUUCGCCAACUGCUACCGCUGCUUCUACAAACUGCAGCCCGAGAUGACCAGGAGCAUUUACGACCAGUUCGUGUCCCAGCUGCAGACGUCCAUCAAGGAGGAGAUCCAGGAGGUAAAGGAGGAAGGGAAUCUGGAGGUGCUCUUUAAUUCACUGGAUAAGAUCGUGGAGGAGGCAAAGGACCACAAAGAGCCUGCGUGGCGUCCCAGCGGGAUCCCGGAGGAGGACGUCCGCAGCGCUAUGGUGCCGUACCUCCUCAAGCACCGGUCGUACCUGCAGAAAGUCCUAAAGGAGAAGGAGGAAGAGAACAGGAAGGUGGCGGAGUCUGUGCUUGCGGGGAGGGAUAGGAUUGCGGAGCUGCAGCAGCUGAUACAAGCUCGUAAACUUGCCUGGCAGGCAAUUACUAAAGAGCAACGAGAACUCAUCAGGACAUUCAGGGAGCCCCAGUGAGGACGCGGGGAGGUUCUGCACGUCUCGCGGGGAAAUUUAUCCUCAUCUCAAGUGGGACUCUGUGCGUGGCGUGUUCAAACCACGCAGACUCGCCUUCAUCUUGUCAGGCCAGAAGGAACUCGCAGUGGGACUGAAAAGCUGCUGGACUUGCACAAUUUGAUAAAGUUUGUGAAGAAAUAAAAAAAGAACACAUCAGGAUCUUUGGAAAUAAAUAGAUGACGAUUUCCUGUUCCCCACUCAGCUCAACAGGGAGGAGAAUCCUACAGAUCUGAUAGCCAGAGCCUGCCUGUGCACUCCCACGCUUCUUUAGCGCCGUCACGUGCGUGAUUCGAGCUCGCCGAAGCCAAAUUUGUGGCCUUAAAAGUAUUUCAGGUGUGCAUUAGAGGAAAAAUGGUGCCUUAAGCCCAGAGGCCGGGCUGUGCGCAGGAAUGAGGAGCCGGGGAGCUGUUGCACACGGAGCCUGCAGGUGGGUAAAUGCCACUACGGCAUUUUGUGGAGUGUAAACAGCCACAUCGGACUCUUUUUUGCCAUGGUUUUGCAGUGCUCGUUUUCACUAUCCAUGUUUUUAAGCAGUUGUCCGCCCGCAGGCCAUCAGAACAGACGUGUCAGCAGCUGCUUUAUCGCAUCAAGUUCCUCGUUGCCACGUAUUCCUUCUUUCCAGUUAGUUUCCAACCCUGCUCCCUCCCAGCAGGUCCACACUGAUGCCGCUUCUCCGAGUGUGAAGGCUCCGGGGCUCUGCCGUUUGGCUGUGCGGAGAUGAGCAGAGGUUUGAAUGGCCCUGUCUCGACUUUGUGGGCUCGUGGCGAAGGGUUUUAAUGUUUUCCUGUGAAACAUCCGUGUGUUGACUUCUGGAACCAAACCGGGAUUGGCUUUACCCAUCUGGAGUUGUUCUUUACCGUCUCAUGGGAAGUUUUCUGGCCAGGGAAGCGGGGGCUCACCGGAGUCUGCCUGCCGGGGCGUUAGUGAAGCCCUGCACGUGAGCUCUAUCUUCAAAACGAAGAAAAGGUCCUUCCCCUGGGCCGGGCAGAUAACGAGGAGAGUCUUUCUGGGCCUGACAAGGAGCGAGGGCGAGUCUGUUUCCAACAGGCACCAGCCCUGCCGAGGGCAGCAGGUUCUCCGGUCACCUGUUGUCGUCCUCCUCGCCUGUUGCGCUCUGCGGCUGCGAGUGCGCGCGUCCCCCCCGCCUCUGCGGUGGGGAAAUACAAACUCAGAGAACAAUGGUGGCGAUUUCCACCCAGCGCAGGCCUCUGGUUUUAAUUAGAGGCAGCCAGAGCCUGCGAUUGACUGACUUAGGCAUAUUUUCCUUCUGUCGUAAACAAGCCUUCCCUCGCUGCAUUAUAAUCUAAAUAAAUUGGAGCUGUUGUUCCCCCAGUCUUGGCUCCCGCUGUGUGCGCUUGGCCCGCGUAGUCUAUAGUUUAUGGGUUUGUUUGACAAAGGCUCUGGCUUCAGCAUUUCUCUCCUCCUCCGCCCCAAAGCCUCCGGUUCCGCUUUUCAAGACAGGGCUGGGAUUUAUAGGAUCUGAAAGUCUGGAAAGUGGUCAGGAUCCCAAAGAGGAAUGUCACCCCAGGUGGCCCUGGGAGCUCCCACUGCUCAGAGCCCUCCUGGAGUUAAACAGGAGCAAACUCUGGAGGUGGGUGAGCACCCGGAGCACUGUUGGGGUCUGGUGGAGAGGGGGAAGUA